AUGAUACGAAAGAGUGUUACAGAGAGCUUUGCUACAGCCAUAUCCUCUUUAAAUGCAGCUCAUCUAACAGAUGGAGUUAUCAGAAGAAGUAAGAGAAUGAUGCUGGAUACACUGGGAGUUGGAUUGCUUGGAACCAACACCCCAGUUUUUAACCUGGCUUUCCAAUACAGCAAGAGGUACCAGGCACAUGAGAAAAGCAGUGUGUGGGGAACGGCUGGUUCAUUUUUACCACCUGAGCAUGCUGCGUUUGUCAAUGGAAUUGCAGUACACUCCAUGGAUUUUGAUGACACCUGGCAUCCUGCCACUCACCCCUCGGGAGCCGUGCUGCCUGCUCUUCUUGCUUUGGCCGAGUCUAUGCCUUCUAAACCAUCAGGCAUGGACCUCCUCCUGGCUUUUAAUGUAGGACUUGAAGUUCAGGGAAGACUGAUGAGGUUUUCAAAGGAGGCUCAUAACAUUCCCAAAAGAUUUCAUCCACCUACAGUUGUUGGAGUAAUGGGCAGUGCAGCUGCCACAGCUAAACUCUUGGGCCUGACCCCAGCACAGACCAUUGCUUGUCUUGCUAUUGCAUGUUCAUCUGCAGGUGCACCUAUGGCAAAUGCUGCAACUCAGACUAAGCCACUCCAUUUGGGGAAUGCUGCAAGGCGAGGUCUGGAGGCGUCUCUGCUUGCCUCUCUCGGACUUGAAGGCAAUAAAAACAUUCUAGACCUUGAGUCUGGCUUUAGAGUUUUCUACCAAGACUAUGUUCCAUGUCAUUUGGCAGAAGUCUCCUCAGAUAAAUACUACAGGUGGGUGUUGGAAGACCAAGAUAUAGCAUUCAAGCGCUUUCCUGCUCAUCUCGGCAUGCACUGGGUAGCGGAUGCAGCAGCAAAGGUGAGGAGCAAAAUUCUGGCCAAAAAUGCAGAUACGGAACUUGGCCAAAUUAAGAGGAUCGUACUGAGGGUGCCUUCAUCUAGAUACAUAGACUGUCCACUGCCAGAGACGGAACACCAGGCCAGACACUCGUUUCAGUUUAAUUGUUGCUCUACACUGCUUGAUGGUGAGGUCACUGUUGACUCAUUUAGCAGCAAACUAAUGGAGAGGAAAUCCCUGAAGGAGUUACUGCUUAAAGUCCAUUUGGAAACUCCAAAAGACAAUCAGGCAUGCUUCGAUACAAUGUAUUGUGAAGUUGUGGCGGAGAUGAUUAAUGGACAGAAACACACAGCUCGCUGUAACACUUUUUAUGGUCACUGGAGGAAACCUCUCAGUCAAGAGCAUUUGUUACAGAAGUUCAAGACCAAUGCAUCAACUGUGCUGACCACAGAUGCUGUAAACAGCAUCAUCCAAAUCGUUGAUAACCUGGAAAAGGUCCCUGAUUGUUCUCUUCUUGGAUCAUAUAUCACUGUCACCUCACAGCAAGAGGUUUGAUUCCAAGGCAUGUUCUUCCCCUGUCUAUGUGGGUUCUCUCCUGGUGCUGCGGUUUCCGCCCAUAAGUGCAAAGACAUGCAUUCAGGUCAACACGAACUAAAAUUGCCCUAAGUGUUUGUGUGAGUGUGCGUUUGACCUGUAGUGGGCUGGUGACCUGUCCUGGGUGUUUCCCACCUGAAUCAUUAUAUCCAAUGACACAACAUAAGCAAAUUUAGUUGGUCAAGUUGGUAGCUGGAGGGAGCAGGGGAGAUCAACAGUAACUGUUGGGAUGUUUAACAGUGGGGUGUUUAAAGAAAAAAGAAAGAAAGUAGGUAUUUAGUCAUCAAAUUAUCAAUCAAGGUUGUUGUAAAGUAGUUCAAAAGUAUAAAUAUUGUACACACAAUUAUAUGUACAUUGGUAAUUUAAAAUGAAUAUGUAAUUUUUUUUCUAUAAGCAUUUUGAAUAAUUUCUGAGUGAUAACUA